AUGGGGAUGAUGGGGAUGAUAGGGGUGAUGGGGAUGAAGGGAGUGAUGGAGAUGAUGGAGGUGAUGGGGAUGACGUGGAUGAAGGGGGUGAUGGGGAUGAUGGGGGUGAUGGGGAUGAUGGAGAUGAUGGGGGUGAUGGGGAUUAAGAGAAUUAUGAAGAUGAUGGAGAUGAUGGGGGUGAUGGGGAUGAAGGGGCUGAUGGAGAUGAUGGGGAUGAUGGGGGAUGAUGGAGAUGAUGGAGAUGAUAGAGAUGAUGGGGUGAUGGGGAUGAUGGAGAUGAUGCGGGUGAUGGGGAUGAAGGGGCUGAUGGAGAUGAUGGGGCUGAUGGGGAUGAAGGGGCUGAUGGAGAUGAUGGAGAUGACGGGAAUGAUGAUGGGGGUGAUGGGGAUGGGGGAUGAUGGGGGUGAUGGGAUGAUGGAGAUGAUGGAGAUGAUGGAGAUAAUGGGGAUGAAGGGGGUAAUGGAGAUGAUGGCGAUGAUGGGUGUGAUGGGGAUGAUGGAGAUGAUGGGGAUAAUGUGGAUGAUGUGGAUGAUGGAGAUGAUAAAGAUGAUGGGGAUGAUGGGUGUGAUGGAGAUGAUGGGGAUGAGGAGGUUGAUGUGGAUGAUGGAGACGAUGGGGAUGAUGUUGGAUGAUGUGAUGAUGUGGAUGAUGGAGAUGAUGAAGAUGAUGGGGGUGAUGGGGAUGAUGGAGAUGAUGGGGGUGAUGAGGAUUGAGAGGGUGAUGGAGAUAAUGGAGAUCAUGGGGAUGACGGGGUUGAUGGGGGGGGAUGAUGGAGUUGAUGGAGAUGAUGGAGAUGAUAGGGAUGAUGGGGAUGAUGGGGAUGACAGGGGUGAUGGGGAUGAUGGGUGUGAUGGGGAUGAUGGAGAUGAUGGAGAUGAUGAGGAUGAUGGGGUGUAUGGGGAUGAUGGGGAUGAUGGGGUUGAUUGGGAUGAUGAGGGUGAUGGGGAUGAUGGAGAUGAUGGAGAUGAUGGGAAUGAUUGGGGUGAUAUGGAUGUUGGGGGUGAUGGGGAUAAAGGGGAUUAUGGGGAUGAUGGAUAUGAUGGGGGUGAUGGGGAUGAUAGGGAUGAUUGGGUUGAUGGGGAUAAAGGGGGUUAUGGGGGUGAUGUGGAUGAUGGGGAUGAUGGGGAUGAUGGAGAUAAUAGUGAUGAUGGGGGGGGUGAUGGAGAUGAUGGAGGUGAUGGGGAUGACGUGGAUGAAGGGGGUGAUGGGGAUGAUGGAGAUGAUGGGGAUGAAGGGGGUGAUAGGGCUGAUGGGGAUGAUGGAGAUGAUGGUGAUGAAGGGGGUGAUGGGGAUGAUGGUUGUAAUGGGGAUUAUGGAGAUGAUGGAGAUGAUGGAUUUGAUGGGGAUUAUGGAGAUGAUGCAGAUGAUGGAUUUGAUGGGGAUGAUGAUGAUGAUGGAGAUGAUGGAGAUGAUAGGGGUGAUGGGGAUGAAGGGGCUGAUGGAGAUGAUGGAGAUGAUGGGGGUGAUGGGGAUGAAGAGGGUGAUGGAGAUGAUGGAGAUGAUGGGGAUGAUUGGGGUGAUGGGGAUUAUGGGGAUGAUGGAGUUGAUGGAGAUGAUGGAGAUGAUAGGGAUGAUGGGGAUGAUGGGGAUGAUGGGGGUGAUGGGAUGAAGGGGGUGAAGGGGGUGAAGGAGAUGAUGGGUGUGAUGGGGAUGAUGGAGAUGAUGGAGAUGAUCGAGAUGAUCGAGAUGAUUGGGAUGAUGGGGAUGAUGGGGGUGAUGGGGAUGAUGGAGAUGAUGGAGAUGGUGACGGUGAUGGCAUAUUUGUUAUAUUUGGAUGGCACAUUUGGCAUAUAA